AAAAUGGUUAUGUGUAUUGCCUCUGGUUGUAAACAUUAUAACCAGAGAGACACCUGUCGUUUUUUUCGAACACCUGCUGAUCCAAAGGUGCAAAAAAUAUGGAUUAGGAAUGUAAGGAGAGAUGAUAUUCAAAUUUCGAAAAAUCAUGUGAUAUGCCAGUGCCAUUUCAAAGAUGGAUUAAAAGCAAAUGGACCAACGCUUUUUGAGCACAAUAAGGAUAAGAUUUUUAGAUUUCCAUCUCCUGAAAAAGUUUCAAAAAAAAGGUAGCAUGUGAUGAAACGAAAUUGACUCAAGAGGAAGUUACGAAUGCGAGACAGUUCUCGGUGAAAAUGCCGUCUGCGAGAAAGGAAACUCUAUAUCA